AUGGCAUUUGGACAAAUUUCAUACCAAGCAUCAACAAAACGUCAGAGACAACGAUAUCCCGAACAACAUCGUUCGCGUUCAUACGAUGAUUUACUAGCCGAGUAAGAUAUCUCGCAAACGUACACGGUUUUUUUUCGUAUAUGCUUUCAACUAGAAAUUUUCUUUCUUAUUUGACUAGCGUGUAAUAUAGUGCGUAAUUAAAAAUGUGAAAUGAUUUGAGACCAUCUACCGUUCAGUGUUUUUUUACUUGUGUGCAUGUAGACAUAAAUAUAUUAUUGAGAAUUAGAAACGAAAUUUAUUCAUUUGUUCGAUGGAUUAGUUGAGAAAGGAAAAAAAAAGCGAGAGAAAAAUAAUUAGAAACUGACAAUAAGGAGAACAAAGAUGACAUUUACAAUGGUUACACUUGAGAGGUCAUUGUAUACAUAUAUGGAGCGAAUAAGAAUAGAAAUUCUCUAUUUUGA